CAAAUAAAAAAAUGGAAAAAUCCGCUCUCUAUCAAUUUAAUCGUGCCCAUAGUGAUUAACUCGAAAAGCUAAGGUGUAAAAGACGAUGUAGUACUUGAAGCUUUGGAUAAAAAGACACUGCCUGGCUUGUCUCCUUUCCCUCAUCAAAACAGAGUACGCAAAAAAGAAGCAACUGGCUGAAAGCCUUUACCAAAGGAGAGAGAGAGAAAGAGAAAGGAGGAUACUUGGCGAAGAUGAUGGCUGAGAGCUUCGCAAGAAGCAAAUGGGUCUUCCUUUUUAUGCUUAUCUUUGCUCAUUUCUCCACUAUAACACUAGCUGAAGAUGGCCUAGUGGCAAAUGGUGAUUUCGAGACACUACCAUCGAAUGGCUUCCCAAGAGGCGCAAUAUCUGAUCAGCCCACCGAGAUCCCCAGUUGGAGAACGAACGGCACAGUGGAGCUGGUUUCGUCUGGGGAAAAAGUGGGUGGUGGGAUGCUCCUCAUCGUGCCUCGAGGCAUGCACGCUGUUAGAUUGGGAAACAACGCGGAGAUCAGCCAAGAACUGACGGUAGAGAAAGGUUCCACGUACGCAGUCACUUUCAGUGCGGCCCGCACGUGCGCGCAGAUGGAGUCAUUGAACGUGUCUGUGCCACCUGCAUCACAGACGGUAGACCUCCAGACGUUGUACAACGUGCAAGGGUGGGACCCUUACUCGGUUUCUUUUGAGGCGGAGGAGGAUAAAGUGCGGUUGAUUUUUAGGAACCCGGGCAUGGAAGAUGACCCCGAAUGUGGGCCCAUCAUAGAUGAUAUUGCCAUCAAGAAACUUGUCACUCCUGAUAAGCCCAAAGAAAAUGCGGUAGUUAAUAGUGGCUUUGAGUUUGGACCUUGGAUGUUCCAAAACGUAUCUCUUGGUGUCCUGCUCCCUACCAACCUUGAUGAAGAGACAUCCCCAUUACCAGGAUGGAUGGUCGAAUCAAACAGGGCGGUUCGAUACAUUGACUCCAACCAUUAUGCAGUCCCAGAAGGCAAACGUGCUAUUGAGUUAGUCUCAGGCAAGGAAGGCAUCAUUUCUCAAAUGGUCGAAACCACACCAGACAAGCUAUACAGCUUGACCUUUUCUUUGGGCCAUGCUAGGGACAAAUGCAAGGAACCACUAGCAGUUAUGGCCUUUGCAGGAGAUCAGGCACAAAAUUUUCACUACAGUCCCGACUCUAACUCCACCUUCCAUGUAGCUAGUGUCAACUUCACAUCCAAGGCCGAGAGAACACGUAUCGCGUUCUACAGUAUUUAUUACAAUACAAGAACCGAUGACAUGAGCUCACUAUGUGGUCCGGUAGUGGACAAUGUUCAGGUGUGGUUUUCAGGGUGCAGUAGAAAUGAGCUCCAAGUAUUAUUAGGGCUUGGAAUUGCUCUCUGGGCUUACCUUCUGGUUUUGGUUUAGAGUUGGGUAACUGAGAUAACGGCUAAAGUUUGGAUUCUAUAUCUAUAUAUAUGCAAGGUUUUAAUUUAAGGCUUGGUAAUUGCUUGCGAAGGCAAAAGUAUGUAUGUUUAUCUUCUUUCUGAGUUUUGCUUUAAGAAAUGAGAAUGGCUUCAGUUGGAUAUUCAGAUAUUCUUGGUAUUAAAGCAAAGUUCACCCAAAGAUUUCCUAGAAUCCGAUCCUUAUGCCAUACGAGUUUUUGUCAAUUGAUUCACCCUGUGUUUUCAUGGAUGAUUAGAUUGUGACGCAUUAAAAAUUUUGAGAUCGUAAAAAUCUUAUGUUUAAUUAUUUAAAUCUUCUAUAUUUUAGUUCUAUAUGGUUGGAAAAUUUGCCAUUUUAUGUUUUAUGGCAAAAGGAUUAAGUUCGUCAAGAAACUGAUUAUUGUAAGAAAUGAUCAUAUCAUGUGCAAAGAGUGCAUCAGCAGUCAUUUUUUGUUUUGCUUCACCAUAUAUAAAUUGAAUAUAAGUUUUCUUUGAGAUUGACAAUAUGUCGUAAUCUUUAAUUGAGAUGGCCUUUUUUUUUAUUUUUUUUAUAAAAAUAGAAUUCUUUUUUUUUUUUUGGUUAAGAAAAUCUUUGAAAUACAAGACUGAGAGACCAAUAGCAAUAUUUUCCCAUUUUAGUAAAGGAAAAAAAUUAUAAAAAGAAAAAUGAAGGAGA